AUUGUUUACUAAUCACUAUUCACUAGUUAUUGUAAUUUAGUUGGUCUAUUUAGUGAUGAUUGACAUUUGCUAGUUUACUACAAAAUAACUUUUUACUCUAUCUCAAUAUACUGUAUUUUAAUGUAAUAUUAUUAUUGUUAAUGUUGACUCAUCUAGAGUGACAGUUGUGACUUACGAAUCACAAAUUGCGAUGCCAACGUGUAUAACGACGUAGUAUUUCAGAGAUAAUUUUUUGGUAUACACGUUUUCGAUCCCACAUAAAUCAUGUCGUUUCUGGAUCCAACAUUCGUCGGUGACACUCCAGAGUUCCAGAACAAACGUACAAAUCUGUUUGCCGUGCUCGAUCAAGCAGAAAAAGAUUUGGAAUCAAAAAUUAAAAAAGUUACUACGGCUGACGCACAUGAAAUACUCAAUGGUCGUGUGGAACGUAGAACUGGUCGUUCUCUGACUAAACAGUUCCGAGGCAAAGACAGUCUAUUUGUCAAGCCAGAAAUACCGCCAUGGCGUAUAAUUGAAAAGCAUAGACCGCCAGAUUUCAAAUUGCAUCCACAUAAAUGGACUAAGUAUUCGUUGGCUGAUGUGAAUGAGAUGAAUGACAAGAGCAAUGCAGCUGCUGCGUUUGCGUUUCUUAAAGAAAUGCAAACCAGAAAAUGUAAAGACGAUGAAAACGAUAAUGAAGAAGGAAAGAAAAUUGUGUUCAAGAGAACGUUGAAGUCCAACGAACCAGAAAUGAAACCAAGUUUUAAAAGUACCAAACUGGUCAUGCCAGAAUAUGAAUUUGGGAAAAAGGUUCAGAAGAAAAAAAAUAGACCAGAACGUACAACAGAUGCAACUACUUCUAAUAAAGAAAUUAAACUUGGGCAUUUAAUGGAAGACGAAAUUGAUGAAUAAUUCAUAAUAUCUGUAUAAAAU